GAAGUGAACAAACGUAAUUCGGUCAGACUAGAAACAACAAUACAAAAUUCUGAAUCAGUGCUAGCUUUUAAAAGGAAAUUGUUAUUCAAAUGGCUGAUUUUAUCACAUUAUCUGAUAAGCACUCGAACUGUAUCACCCUUCGAACAUGAAACAGCAACAACAAUGCGAUGAUUCGAUCGCCGACAAGCGCAAAAACGUAUCGCAGAUAACAUUAUUAAGUAUUUUCUACGUGAGUGCGACGGUCCCUGUCACCUAAACCUAUAUAAAACAAAAAUGGGCGUGAAAAACGAUUUCAAAAAAGAGUUUCAAGCGUCGAAUUUCAACUUAGAACAUGAUAUUACUCCUGACUUUUAUUUAGGAUGCUGGCAGAGAAAUCGAUCGUGUGUGCCGUUGUUGUGUGUGCGUGCAAUUUUGUGUGCCGGGAAUAUCGCCAUAGUGAUAGCGUCCUGGGCUGUGUUGGCUAAUGUUUUGAGCAGCUAUGGGUUCUGGUGGAUAUAUCUGACGCACUGGGGCAUUAUUGCUAAUGCCCUAACAGCGAUACUUGCGUUUGCAAUAUCUCUUAAAGUUUACUUAGGUGGUCCUAUAGAUAGUGCUUUUGGUCUCCCGUGGUACAUAAAAUUAUACUGGUUCCUGUUUAAUGCUUCAGUGCCGGUGGCUUUUAUGAUAACCGUAUUUUACUGGACUUUCAUCAGUGGAGCAUUUGAUAUUCCCGGCUUGGAUAUGACACUGGAUAUAUUUGUCCACGGCAUCAAUUCUGUGAUGAUGUUUGCGCUAUUGAUCUCCGCGAGGCACCCGACCCGUCUGCUGCACUUCCACCACACGGUGGCGUUCGGCAUAUUCUACCUCAUUUUCAACCUGAUCUACUACUUUGCUGGAGGACUUGAUCCGAACGGGAACCACUGGGUAUAUCCCAUGCUGGAUUGGUCGAAUCCGGGCCCCACGAUCGGGGUAGUCGUGGGAGUGGCCAUUGGGCUCAUUAUACUGCACGGACUGGUCGCCCUCUUAUCGCUGUGUAGGAACCACUUAAGUCAGCGGUAUAGGAAAGAAAACACUUUCUCUGUUUCUGGAUGAAAGGAAUAAAGCUUGCAAAGUGU